UAUCUCUUCUUGGAAAACUCCUGUUUACCUACAGGUUGUGCUUCACUACUGGAAUGCAUCCUACAUGGGUUGCACUCGGAAAGCACAUCAAUCUAAGUGUGUUCAAAGGGCUGGUUGGUCUGGAUCAUAUCACGACUGGAGCACACCAUGAUCUGCACUGUUUUUCUAGAAUGUUGGCUUACAGCUUGGGAGCUAUGCUCAAUUCUCUGUGCUGCACAGUCCACAGGAUGAGUGCAGGCAAGUAAGAGAUACAAGCCUCCCUCUUCCUUCUGUCUUUAGCUCAUCUAAUAACAAGGACUGAAAGUGAUGUUUCUUAUUGGGAAAUGCCACCACAUGUUACCUCACUUUCUCACUUGGUGGGUGUGUCUCUUUGAUAGGCUUGAUAGGAAAGGGUCAGAACUGCCUCCUUAGAAAGUGCAAAGAAGGGAAAGCUGCUGCUGACUCUGCUUGCUCCUCCUUAGUCAUUGCAUUGGGCAGGACUGAGUUUGCUCACAGUCUUCACCACUCUCCUUCCCUGCGAGAGAGGGUAAGCUAGCAGGAGAACCCAAACAGCCAUCAUUGUCCACUCACACUCCGUGGAACGCCCGGGGAAAGGUAGCCUCUCCUACUCUGGGCCAGAGCUGGGGAACUCGCGGGCCUUCAGGCCUCAUGGACGAUACUUCCCGGCAGCGCCGCCCCUGACGGACGAGCCAAUGGGAAAUUGGGAGCCCAACGCGCCUGGUGGACACAAGAUAGGGGAAGGGUGGCCUAGGCACGGCGCUAGACAGCGCAAUCCCCGCCUCUCUCUCCGGACUGCCCAAGGCUGAACUUCUUCGACUAGCCACGUGCUCUUCACGCUCUCUUAGCGAAGUAUGGGGGAAGCUGGCUGACGGGUCUGUAACAGACGACCAAAGAAGGCUAUAUUGUGUAGCGUCUGGGAAGGCGGAGAGGCGACGCAGCUCCUGUUUUGCAGCGCUGUCAGCCAAGCAACAGGAGCAACCGAGAGGUUCCCUCUUAGACCGGCGGCCGCUUUUCUCACAGGGCGCCGCUUAGCGCGCAGGUGGAGAGGGUGCCCGAACAUCUCCACCCCCCCGCCCCCGCUUUCGUCGUUCUCUCCCCCACGCCACGCGCUUGUCCCUGCAACCGGGUUUUAUAGCCCUGCCGGCCCCAGGAAGAGACCAAUAACCAGAGGGGACUCCGCCCGGCUACCCGCCCCUCUGCGCGCGGGGAGGGGGGAAGAGGCGGCGGAGCGGGGGAGCUCGCGCGUGUGACAUUUGGGGAAAACCUUCAGCCGGCGGAAGACUUCCCUGCACUUUCCUCGCCCUCUCUCUCCAACACCGUCUACCUCAAGAGCAUCCGACGAGGCUUCCUGUUUGUCUCGGAGCCGAGAACAGAACUGUUCGGACCGGGAGAAAGGAGGUUUCCUGUUCGGCAAAGGGAGUUGUUGCCGCUGCUGCUGUUGCGUGGCCGGUGAAGCGGACUCUGGACGGAGGGGAGAGGUCUUUUUUGGAAGAUGCACACGACCCAGAAGGAUACCACGUACACCAAGAUCUUCGUCGGGGGUCUGCCCUACCACACCACGGACUCCAGCCUCCGAAAGUAUUUCGAGGUCUUCGGUGAGAUCGAAGAAGCUGUGGUCAUCACCGACAGGCAGACGGGCAAAUCCCGGGGAUACGGAUUUGUGACAAUGGCUGAUCGAGCUGCUGCUGAAAGGGCCUGCAAAGAUCCUAAUCCAAUCAUUGAUGGCAGAAAAGCUAAUGUGAAUCUUGCAUACCUAGGAGCAAAACCAAGAAUUAUGCAGCCAGGUUUUGCCUUUGGGGUUCAACAGCUCCAUCCUGCCUUAAUCCAGAGACCCUUUGGGAUCCCUGCUCACUAUGUAUACCCGCAGGCUUUUGUGCAACCUGGAGUAGUUAUUCCACAUGUCCAGCCUACAGCUGCUGCUUCCACCACACCCUACCUUGACUACACUGGAGCUGCAUAUGCUCAGUAUUCGGCCGCCGCUGCCGCCGCCGCCGCUGCCGCCUAUGACCAGUAUCCCUAUGCAGCUUCCCCAGCUGCUGCAGGAUAUGUCACUACUGGGGGAUAUGGCUAUGCAGUCCAGCAGCCUAUCACUGCAGCAGCACCUGGGACAGCUGCAGCAGCAGCUGCUGCUUUCGGCCAAUACCAGCCACAGCAACUGCAAACAGAUCGUAUGCAAUAGCAGAUGGACCUGGCGAGAAAGCAUUCUUUGUUGUUAUUCCUAUCGUUUUACCUUCGAGCCUUCCAGUAGAAAUAGUUUUAAAAGAGGCAAUUAACUUUUAAGUAAUCCAGCUUUAAAGACGCUACAAUGCAAUAGAAUAUUAUAAGAACAAAUACCACUGUCUUUAAACAUUAUGCCUCCCAUAGAAUGAAUAAUAUUGUGGGAUAGCUUUUGUAAGAGUUUCUAAGUAUCAAGCAUCAUCCUAUCACGAAAGCAUAACCAAAGUAACCAAAAAAAGCUGAUUUUUAAAAAUUAGGUACAUUUUACAGUAGCCGGGGUAAAAAGUUCACGUGAGCAAUAUGUAACAUGCAUCAAGUUGAAGAUUACUAUUACUUAAAUAUUGAAAGCACUGACUGUCAUUGCAACUUUUCAGUAUGGCCUAUUUUGUGUGAAUAAGUAGGAAAAAAACCUUUUUUUGACGAUCUCAUAGUGGGCAUCGAACAAACUAAGAAAUAUGGCUCGGGAGGUGGGGGAAGGGUAGACAGUACCAAAGUUAUUUUCUCAUCUGUCCCCUCUAUGAAUGGGACUAUGGAGCAAGUGGUGUGGAAUUAAAGGGUGUAACAGCUGUACAGACAAUCAAUGACAUAGCCCAUUCUGGAAAGAACACAUCACUUGUUCUCAUUUGAUGAGCUUGUCACGUUCUAAUCCCUCUCCCCAUCCUGUUUCACUUUUAGGAAAUUUUGACUGCUGGUGUCAGCUAUUCUGAUUCUGAAAUAGGAUCAGCUCUCUAUUACAACAGCUUUCUCUUUUUAUUUACUGUAUCUAUUCAUGGCUUGCGAAUAAAGGCAGGAAGAAAUGUGCUGAAUUUAAAUAUUUAAGAACUGUACUAGGGAAUGCUUUUUGCAAUGAUUUGUAUACAAAUUAAUUCCUAUUUAAAUAUUUAUUUGCAAAACAUAGGUCUCUUUCAUGCGGCUACUUGUUGAGACUGCAAUUCUUCAAAGGUUAAUUCUAUGUGAGCUAUAUUGUGCCUUAAUUGUAAUGCUAUUUAAAGAUAUAUUUAUUUUGAAAGUUGUACGAUGCUGCAUUCUAAAGAAACCCACUUUAGAUGUGAAACUGUAAAAUAUUGUAUUCAUCUCAUGGUGUAAGUUAUUUAGCAGGUUUAGCAGUAGUAUAUAAAAUAAUUAAGCAAUUAAAGAUGCUGACAUAGGUUUAUUAUCUUCAAUAAACAUACUUUUGUAAGGGUACUUUUAAAAGCUUUUGGAAAGGUUUUGAUCUUUAAAAUGCUAGUUUUAUGAUUUUCCCUCUGUUUCACUGACCACACACCUGUUUUCUUGGAUGAAAGCUCUACUGGUUUUCAGUGAAGCUUACAUACUCUGAAGUAUGUUAAAAUACUCCACAUGUUGGUUCAGGAGUAAGACUCAAUUAAUAAAUUACUGUUGUCUAUAA